AUGUUUCCAAGGGGAUCUGGAGCGAGUAGGGAAACAUGGGGGAACGUCGCUGUGCGAGUCGAAGAAUGUGCUCGACCGUUUGUACUGCAGGAAAGAAAUCUUUUACCCUCUCGAAACCUACAAGAUAUACAUGACGUUGGACACUCCAUUUCAACACAGCGUGAUAGCAGUAGAACAACUGUCAAGAGACUGAUACGAGUCAAGCGAAAGUACUCGUCUCGGCAAUCUACUGUGGCGAUCAAAUCGCAUGUUGAGCAUGAGUGGGGCGGAGAAAUUCUCCGUUGUGUUUUGGAGCUGAGGAAGGGAAUGCUGCAGAAAAGCAGAGCGUCGCUGCCUGCAGAGAUUCCUCCUCACUUGCAGCAACUUGCAGAAAAAGAGGACACUGCAGCCAACUUAAAAACUCAAGUGUUGAGGAUUGAAAACCUUCGUAGUGGCUUAAAACGGUUUUAA